AUGCAGGGUGGGGGGCAGAUAGGGGUGCCCCUUAGGGGGGUGCUGUUCCCCCGUGUCACUGACCCCCCUCUCCCCGCAGGCAGCUCCUUCCCGUGCCUGGUGGACGUGGUGCCGGUGAAGAACGAGGAUGGCGCCGUCAUCAUGUUCAUCCUCAACUUCGAGGCCGUGAGGGAGCCCGAGCCGGGGGAGGCCCCAGCCCCCAGCAUCAACCACUGGGUCACCCCGGCCCCCUGGGGCCCCGCAGGGCGCAGCCGGUCCCUGCGGCUGAAGCUGCUGGCGCUCACGGGCAGCCGCCAGUCGCUGCCCCCGGAGCCGCCGGAGCCGCCGGACGUGGUGGUGGUGGACCCGGGGGUGGUGGACCCGGCGGUGGUGGAGCCGCUGGUCAUGGACCCGGCCCUGCCGGGCAGCGACUCGGGCCCCGAGGAUGCCUCGUCCUCGCUGGAGCCCGGGGCCGGGGACCGUCCUGAGGACGAGGCGGCGCUGAUGGGGGACCCCGAGGUGCCGGUGACGCAGUCGUCCCCGCGGGCCGAGCGCCUGGCGCUGGCCUUCGCCAACCACAGCCUGGCCCGGAGCCGGUCCCGGGAGCGCCGGUCCCGGGAGAGCCUCCGCAGCCUCCGCCGGGCGUCGUCCGUCGAUGACAUCGAGGCCAUGAAGGGUGACGGGGACAAGCGCUGCCACAGCCGCCACACCAGCGCCAGCGCCGGCCUGCACCGCGGCUCCAGCACCGGCGCCGUGGCCGCCGUGCGCAGUGCUCUGCUCAACUCCACGUCGGACUCGGACCUGGCGCGGUUCCGGGCCAUCGGCCGCAUCCCACAGAUCACCCUCAACUUCGUGGACCUGCAGCCUGGGGGGCUCCUGGCCCCGCCCCCGGCCCCCCGCCCCAUCAUCGCCCCCACCAAGCUGCGCGACCGCACCCACAACGUCACCGAGAAGGUCACACAGGUGAGACCCCAGAGGGGUUGGGCGGUGCCAAGGUGA